GUAGCAUUGCGAGAGGUGUCAGAACACUAACUAGUUCAGAGGACACACCAUCAGAGACUGGCUGAGAGAGAGACAGAGACAGAGGGCAACCACGGUGCAAUACAUCUUUGGAUUUGCAUAGUUUACACACUGACAGGUCCCAGAAAAUGGUGUUUGGCAUCCGGAAGCGUAUCCAUGACCACCUGGUGGAGCGAAGAAUCCGCAGAACCCGGCUGGUGACCAAAUAUGGGCGCUGCAACAUUGAAUUCGGCAAUGUGAAGUACGGCAACCAUUUUGCCUUCCUCUUGGACUUCUGGACGACCUUCGUAGAGUUCCGCUGGCGCUUUGUCCUCUUCUUCUUCAUCGCCUCCUUCACCCUGAGCUGGUUCAUAUUUGGACUGCUGUGGUUCUGGAUUGCCCGGAACAACGGGGACCUGACGUGGCAGAACCCCUCGAAAGGCCACAUCCCCUGUGUGGACAACGUCUACAAUCUCAUUACAGCAUUCCUCUUCUCCCUGGAGACACAGACCAGCAUCGGGUACGGUGGACGUGCCAUCACCCCUUUCUGUUCUGGUGCUGUAACCCUCAUCAUUAUCCAGUACCUCAUAGGUAACAUCAUCAACUGCUUCAUGUGUGGAGUCAUCCUGGCCAAGAUCUCCAUCCCUAAGAAAAGGGCCAAGACCAUCACAUUCAGUGAGAUGGCUGUCAUCUGUCCUAAGAAGGACUUCCUUUGCCUCAUGAUAAGAGUGGCCAACUUGCGCAAGACCCUGAUGAUCGGGAGCCAGAUCUACGGCAAGCUGUUGAGGACAACCAUCAAACCCGACGGGGAGACAAUCAUCAUGGACCAGGUGAACAUUGAGUUCGUGGUGGACGCUGGGAAGGACAACCUCUUUUUUGUGUGCCCUCUCACACUCUACCAUGUGAUUGACAAUACUAGCCCUUUCUUUGAGAUGGCAGUGGACACACUCCAUAAGCAAGAGUUUGAGCUGGUGGUCUUUCUGGACGGCACAACCGAGUCCACCAACUCAGCCUGCCAGGUCAGGACUUCCUUCAUCCCUCAGGAAAUCAUGUGGGGUUACAACUUCCUGCCCAUCAUCUCCCGCAACAAAGAGGGCAAGUACAGAGUGAACUUCUCCAACUUCUCCAAGGUGGUACCCGUGGCUACUGCACACUGUGCCUACUGCUUCCACAACAUGAAGGGACACCACCUCCACACCAUUGACGGAAUUGACAAUGGGGAAUUUGAAGUGAUUGAUAACUUAGAACAACCUAAUAUGACCAAGAUGUGAGCUUUUGGAGAGAAUAUGUGGAAUAGAAGCCAGUUAUAGGUUGUACUCUUAGAAGAAAAGGGUUCCAACAGGGUUCUUCAGCUGUGCCCAUAGGAUAGCCCUUUUGUUUCAACACUGUAAAAAAAAAAAAAAAAAAAAAAAAAA